UCCUCUCUCUCCUCUCUUCAUUUUGAAAUCCCUUCCCCAAUUCUCCUCCCAAAAAAUAAUUUCCCCACUCUCUUUCUCUAGAAUCCAAUGGCUCCUCCAUUUCUUUUUCCAUCGGAGCUCAAAUCCCUCGAAGAAUUCCCCGAUGACCACCGCCUCUACGCCGCGUCCCCCAUCGACGCCUCCUCUCUUCGCCCCCCCGACCUCGAAGAGCUCGUCAAAGGCCUUGCCUUCGAUCUCUCCGACAAGGAGCUCUUCUGUGUGGAGGAGCAGGAUGUUUUCGAUCGAGUGUACUCACUCGUCAAGGGCUUUUCUUUCUUAAGCACAUCGUCAAAGUUCAAUUUUGUUGAAAACCUAAGAUCCAAUCUUAGCGUCUUGCUUCCAAAUGUGGAUUCGCUGUCACGGGUCCCGCUUCAGGAGGAGGAGGGGGAAGCGGUGCGGUCCAGUGGGGUUGAGAUUGCAGCGAGGAUUGCCUCUCAUCGGAAUGCGCUUAAGAUUUAUACAUAUUUUCUUCUUACUAUUGUGCUUGCUGAGGAGUCGGCGAGCCAAGGGGCUACUGUGAGCUCAAAGGCAGCUUCUCAAGCUCGCAAGAAGAAUUCUACGAAUUCAUGGAAUUGGGAGUCACAUAGGAGCCGGAUAAUCAACCUAAUUUCUAAUUCUCUAGAGAUCAAUCUCUCGCUCCUCUUUGGCUCUAGCAAUAUCGAUCAGAGCUAUCUGUCCUUCAUCUCCAAGUGCACUUUCACUUUGUAUGAGAACCAGUCCUUACUAAGGGAUGCUACCACAAGAGAUAGCCUUGGUCGAAUCAUAGGAACGAUAGCAACAAAGUACCAUCAGACUGACCAAACUUGUGCAUCCAUCCUUCACUUGAUAUAUAAGUUUGAUUUCACUGUCCCCCACAUUGCUGAAACAGUCAGCGGAGCAGAGAAGAAGUACGGUGAUGGGAGCCUAGCUAUUGCUCUUAUCCGUGAUAUUGGUAGGACUGAUCCCAAAGACUAUGUAAGGGAUGGAGUUGGAGCAGAGAACAUUGGGAGAUUUCUCGUGGAGCUUGCUGAUCAUUCCCCUAAGUUAGUCUCCACCAAUGUUGGUGUCUUAGUCCCGCAUUUUGGCGGAGAAUCAUAUAAGAUUAGAAAUGCGCUUGUUGGGGUCUUGGGAAAGUUGGUUGCAAAGGCUUUCAAGGAUGUGGAAGGAGACGUGAGCUCGAAGUCUCUGAGGUUACGUGGAAAGCAGGCUAUGCUUGAAAUCUUGAUUGAGAGGUGCAGGGAUGUGUCAGCAUACACAAGGAGUCGGGUACUCCAGGUGUGGGCAGAGUUGUGUGAGGAACAUGCUAUUUCGAUUGGGUUGUGGAAUGAGGUGGCAACAGUAGCUUCAGGGCGACUGGAGGAUAAAAGUGCAAUGGUGAGGAAAUCAGCAUUGAAUCUACUCAUCACAAUGUUACAACACAAUCCAUUUGGACCACAACUCCGUGUUGCUGCUUUUGAGGCAACAUUGGAAAAGUACAAACAGAAAUUGAAAGGAAUGGAGCCUGGUGGAACGCCACAGGAGGAUGAUUCUGAGGGCAGCAAGGUUCAUGAGCAAGCUGCAGAACUGCAGAAUGAAAGUGUCAGUGAUAGUUGUUUGUCUUCAAGUCAAGCGCAGGAUUCUACUGUUCCAGAUAUUGGCAAUUUGGAACAGGUUAGGGCUCUGGUCGCAUCCCUUGAGUCUGGAUUACAGUUCUCAAGAUGCAUAACUUCUAUAAUGACAACUCUGGUUCAACUAUUAGCUUCCUCUUCGGCUACUGAUGUGGAGAACACAAUUCUUUUGCUGAUGAGAUGCAGACAGUUUCAGAUUGAUGGUUCAGAAGAAUGCCUUCGUAAAAUGCUUCCCCUGGUAUUUUCUCAGGACAAAUCUAUUUAUGAAGCUGUGGAGAGUGCAUUCAUAAAUAUUUAUAUCAGAAAAAAUCCAGCGGAAACUGCCAGAAAUUUGUUGAGCCUUGUCAUUGACUCUAGCAUUGGUGAUCUUGCAGCUUUGGAAAGUCUAAUAAGUAAUUUGGUGUCCAAAGGGGAAAUUUCAACUAACAUGAUAUCAGCCUUAUGGGAUUUCUUUAGCUUUAACAUUAAUGGGGUUGUUGCUGUCCAAAGUCGAGGAGCCUUGUUAGUUCUCUGUAUGGCAGCAAAAUCAUCUCCUGGCAUUUUGAGUUCUCACUUGCAAGAUAUUAUUGAUAUUGGUUUCGGGCGGAGGGCUAAGGAGGAACCAUUGCUUGCAAGAACAGCAUGCAUUGCUCUAGAAAGAUUGUCGGAGGAGGAUAAGCAAAAAGUGAGAUGCAGUGGAAGCAGAGUUUUUGGGUGUCUUCAGAAUUUAAUUACUGGCUUUUGGCUUCCAGAGAAUGUUUGGUAUGCUGCUGUUGACAAAGCCAUCAGCACCAUUUACUCCAUACAUCCGACCCCUGAAGUAUUUGCAGCUGAUAUUGUGAAAAAAUCUUUAAGCUCUGUAUUUGGUUGUGCCAGAAAUGAUGAAGUCCCCACUGGACAAGGCGAGGAAACCGACUAUGUUUCUGUAGUGCCAGCAGCAAAGCUCAGCAGAUUUCUCUUCAUUAUAAGCCAUAUUGCACUGAAUCAGUUGGUUUAUAUUGAGUCUUGCAUUAAGAAAAUCCGGAAACAGAAAUCCAAAAAAGAAAGGUCAAGGCUUGAAUCUCUUCCUAGUAGUGAUGAUACAAAUGAAGCAACUGAGGGGCAAGGUAUAAAUGCUGAGCUGGGCGUUAGUAUAUCUGAGGAUGUGAUAAUUGAUACACUUUCUGAAAGGGCCGAGAAAGAGAUUGUAUGUGGUCAUAUGACAGACAUGAAUAUCGUUGGUCAUUGUGCUCCGUUUCUCUCAAAGCUAUGUAGAAACUUUAAUUUGAUGCAAAAGUUUCCACAACUUCAGGCUUCUGCAAUGCUUGCUCUCUGUAAACUAAUGAUCAUUGAUGCAGACUUUUGCGAAGCAAAUCUUCAACUUUUGUUCACUGUUCUGGAGAAUGCACCAUCAGAAACUGUUCGAUCCAACUGCACAGUGGCUCUUGGCGACUUGGCUGCUCGUUUUCCAAACCUCUUAGAACCCUGGACUGAAAAUAUGUACGCUCGUCUGCGAGAUCCUUCCAUAUCUGUUAGGAAAAAUGCUGUUCUGGUUCUUUCUCAUCUCAUAUUAAAUGACAUGAUGAAGGUGAAAGGAUACAUAAAUGAGAUGGCAAUUUGUAUAGAAGAUAAGGAUGCAAGAAUAUCAAGUCUUGCCAAACUUUUCUUCCAUGAGCUGUCUAAAAAAGGCAGCAAUCCGAUUUAUAAUUUACUUCCAGAUAUCCUGGGAAGAUUGUCAAGCCAAAAUCUUAAAGAGGAAGCUUUCUGCAACAUUAUGCAAUUCCUAAUAAAUUCUAUCAAGAAGGACAAACAAAUGGAAGCACUUGUAGAAAAGCUGUGCAAUCGGUUCAAUGGAGUGACUGAUAUUAGGCAGUGGGAGUAUAUUGCUUAUUGCCUUUCCCAGCUAACCUUUAGUGAGAAGGGACUGAAAAAACUCAUUGACUCUUUCAAAACAUAUGAGCAUGCUCUGUGUGAAGAUUCUGUGAUGGAUUACUUCAGAGUCAUUAUCAGCAAGUGCAAGAAGUUUGCCAAACCAGAACUCAAAUCUUGCAUUGAAGAAUUUGAGGAGAAGCUUAACAAGAUCCACGUGGAGAAAAAAGAACAAGAAGCGACUGCUAGAAAUGCCCAGGUUCACCAACAGAGACUUGGUACUCUGAAGGGCAUUGUAACAACCAAGAAGAGCUCUGCAGAAAAGGAGAUGGAUGAAAAUAGUACUGAAGUACAUGGGGAUGGUGAGAUAAUCAAUGGUGAAGGCAAGGAAAAUGUCACAAUUGAAGAAUUUGUUUUGCAAGACGGUGAUACACUAUCAGAAGAAAGUGGUGUUUCAAGUGUUGUUAAUAAAAGCGAGGUAGAUGACUUGGAGGUUCAAUCACCAAAAACUUCUCAUCGAGGUGCCUCCAAGUCGAAGUUGAAGGGGAGCAAAGGACUAAUGCAAGAUGGAAAGACUGUCCGAACUGUAAAGCGCACAACUCGCUCGACCAAAAGAGGAAUAUGCAGAUAGUGGAAGAGGUAAGUCGCCCUGCGGUCUUCUUCGGCGCUCUAAUUCAGGCGCUUCAGAAGUGUUGCUUCCCUUUGUAUAAUAACAUUUUGCACGGUUAGAUGUCACUCGUAUUCAUGAUGAUGAGGAAGCUAUCAAUUGAGUGUUGUAAAAGAUCGAAGCAACAGUGUAAAAAACCAUGCUUUUGUAUAACAGUGUAUUCGAAGUAUUGAUAUAUUGUGUGUGACAAGCUAUAUCUGUAUAUUGUUAUUCAGAGCAAUUGACCAACAUGAAAGAUAUAUUUUUUUCUAAUU